AUGGCCUCUGCACACGACAGAGCUGUACUCCAGGCUAUAUUCAACCCCACCACCCCCUUUGGAGACUCCCCUGGCCUGAACCAAGAGGAGGAAUUAAUUGACGAUGACAGUGGCUUUGACGCUGACUUGCUGAAGCAAGUGAAAGAGUUGGAGAUGCAGGGCGUCUUGGCAGCAGAAGCUGGGGAUUUGCAGACUGCACUUCAACUGUUCAGCCAGGCAACCCAGAUCCUGCCUCAGCGAGCCUCAGCCUAUAACAACCGGGCACAGACCCUGCGGCUACAGGGGAACACAGCAGGUGCCCUGGAGGACCUGGACCGAGCCAUCUCUCUGAGUGGCAGCAGUGGACGAACUGCCUGCCAGGCACUGGUGCAAAGAGGCCUUUUACGUAGAUUAGCAUGCCAGGAUGAUGCAGCCAGAGAAGAUUUUGAGAAAGCAGCUGCACUUGGAAGUGAAUUUGCUCGACAGCAGGCUGUGCUUCUUAAUCCAUAUGCAGCCCUGUGCAACAAAAUGCUGUCAGAGGUGAUCAACAAACUAUGCAACCCAGAGGUGUCUGAGAUGAAGUAGCUAGU